ACAAAAGGUGCCACGUUUUACGUUGUUUAACACAUCUAGAUGUCAAUAUCAGGAAUUGAAAGCUGAAAUUCUGAUCUAUUGCGCCAAACCCGAAUGUCUUCAGUGUAUGCUAAAAGCAACUUUCCGAUAACUUUCCCCGGAGGGGACCAUAGCUCAGCGGCUACGGGUGGUUGUCUUUGACAGACAUAGGAACUACAGUUGCGAGUACUCGUUCCCUUCCUGGAACAAAACCGUGACGCACUUGACUUACUUCCUGUUUACAAGCUUAUCUGACAACCAUUCAUUUCUACAUCAUUUAACCAACCAGAAUUCCAGCUAUUUUCAUGUAGGAUCGACAGCUCUUACCGUCAUGAUUCCGUACACUGUAAACAUUAAACUAGCUGCACGGACACUUACCGGGACUCUCAGUUUACAAAACAAAACUGCAGUUGACUGGGGUUGGCAAGGUCUGAUUGCUCAGGGAUGCCACUCCAGCAUCCUCAUUAUCGACCCAAAGACCGCUCAGACGAUUCAGGUCUUGGAGAGACACAAAGCCAAUGUUGUCAAGGUGAAAUGGUCCAGAGAGAACUACCACCACAACCUGAGCUCACCUUACUCUCUGCGGCUGGCCUCGGCUGACGCUGCAGGCAAAAUCAUUGUGUGGGACGUGGUGAGCGGUAUGGCGCACUGUGAGAUUCAGGAGCACUCCAAACCCAUUCAGGACAUGGAUUGGCUGUGGAAUCAGGAUGCAUCACAUGACCUUAUUUUGGCUGUGCACCCUCCCAACUACAUAGUGUUGUGGAACGGAGACACGGGGACCAAGCUGUGGAAGAAGAGCUAUGCUGAGAACAUCUUGUCCUUCUCUUUUGACCCGUUUGACCCCUCCAAUUUAGCCUUGCUGACCAGUGAGGGAAUCGUUUUCAUCACAGACUUCUCACCGUCCAAGCCCCCAGGCAGCAGCGGUAAGAAGGUUUACAUUGCCAGCCCACACUCCAGCCCUGCUCACAGCAAACCCGCUGCCACACAUCCCACUGGGGCUAAGAAAGCUCUCAACAAGGUCAAAGUGCUCAUCACCAACGAGAAACCCAUGGCUGAGGCAGUAACCCUAAAUGACUGUCUCCAGUUGUCCUACCUACCCUCAAAGAAGAGUCAUAUGUUGCUGCUGUACCCUAGAGAGAUCCUCAUCCUAGACCUGGAGCUCAGCCAGACGGUGGGGGUGGUGGCCAUCGAGCGUUCCGGCGUGCCCUUCAUGCAGGUGAUUCCCUGCGCACAGAGGGAUGCUCUCUACUGCCUGCACGACAAUGGCUGCGUCACACUGCGCGUGUGUCGAUCCACUGCACUCUCGGCGGAGGAAACAGCAGUGCCGUCUGAGACGGAGCAGGGAGUGCAGGAGCUGUCGUACGAUCUGCGCUCUCAGUGUGAUGCAAUCCGUGUGACUAAGACAGUGCGGCCGUACCGGGCGGUGAUCUGCCCUGUCAACGAGAACAGAGCCGCACUGGUGGUGAGCGAUGGGCGCAUCAUGCUCUGGGAGCUCAAAGCUCACACUGGCAAAGUAUCAUCUAACCUCAGCUCAGGCUUGUCCCCGCUCUACUCUCCAGUAAAUUUUUGUGGGACUCCAUUGGGUCAGAACCAGAAACGAAUCCCAGACCUCUCCCUCAACUCAAUGAUCGGUCCCACUCUGAUCUCGGGUGUUGAUCCUCCUGUAUCCAUGGUGGGGCAGCAGGAGGUGCAGCUGAAGUUCCUACUGACAGGGCUGUUGUCUGGUUUGCCCCUGCCACCCUUCUCCUUGCGCAUGUGUCCUCCUUUAACCACUAAAAAUAUCCAGCACUACCAGCCGCUGCUGGCCGUGGGUUCGAGUAAUGGCUCGGUGCUGGUGUAUAACCUGACGAGUGGACUCCUACACAAAGAGCUCAGCGUGCAUUCAUGUGAAGUCAGAGGGAUCGAGUGGGUUAGUCUGACAAGUUUCCUGUCCUUUGCCACCUCUGCUCCCAACAACCUGGGCCUUGUGAGGAAUGAGCUUCAGCAUGUGGAUUUGCGUACAGGCAGGUGCUUUGCAUUCCGGGGUGAGCGCGGCAAUGAUGAGCCAGCCAUCGAAAUGAUUAAAGUGUCGCAUCUAAAGCAGUAUCUGGUGGUGGUGUUCAGAGACAAACCCCUGGAACUCUGGGAUGUGCGCACAGGAACCUUGCUGCGUGAGAUGGCCAAGAACUUCCCCUCAGUUACUGCAUUGGAGUGGUCUCCCUCGCACAACCUGAGAAGUCUGAAGAAGAAACAGAUGGCAGCCCGGGAGGCCAUGGCCAGACAGACCACGCUGGCGGACGCUGAGCAGAGCAGUGUUGAGUCGUCUGUCAUCAGUCUGUUGCAGGAUGCAGAGAGCAAGGCAGAGACCAGUCAGGGCAUCUCAGCCCGCGAGCACUUUGUGUUCACUGACACAGACGGCCAGGUCUUCCAUAUCACCGUGGAGGGAAACACUGUAAAGGAAGGAGCACGCAUCCCUCCUGAUGGGAGCAUGGGCAGCAUCGCCUGCAUCGCAUGGAAGGGAGACACGCUAGUACUAGGAGAUGUGGAUGGAAAUCUGAAUUUCUGGGAUCUGAAGGCCCGUCUGUCCCGUGGUAUUCCCACACACCGAGGAUGGGUAAAGAAGAUCCGUUUCGCUCCUGGAAAGGGCAAUCAAAAGCUACUGGUGAUGUACACUGACGGAGCUGAGGUGUGGGACACCAAAGAGGUGCAGAUGGUGAGCAGUAUCAGAGUGGGCCGGAAUGUGAGUUACCGUAUCCUGGACAUCGAUUGGUGUACAUCAGAUAAGGUGGUUCUGGCCUCAGAUGAUGGCUGUGUCCGCGUGCUGGAGAUGGCCAUGAAAUCUGCCAGCUACAGGAUGGAUGAGCAAGACCUAACAGAUCCGGUGUGGUGUCCGUACCUACUGCUUCCGCGUGCUGCUCUCACCCUGAAGGCCUUCCUCCUGCUGCAGCCCUGGUCUGGCACCUUCACCAUGGACAUCACUCAAGUGGACUACCAAGAGAAGGACGAAAUCAAAGGCUUGGUGCAAGAACAGCUGAACUCCUUGUCCAAUGAUGUCAAAAGUGUACUCCAGGACCCAGAGCUGAAUCUGCUUCAACGCUGCCUCCUAGUGUCCCGGCUGUUUGGUGAUGAGUCAGACCUGCAGUUUUGGAAUGUGGCGGCGCAUUACAUCAAGUCUUUUUCCCAGGCACGGCAGCUGAGUGUGCCCACUCCUGAUGGGCAGACACAGCCAGAGUGCUCCCAGAGUACCACUCAGUGCCAUCUGGACAUCUGCCACGAUAUUCUGUGUGAAAGCUCCUUCUUUCAGAGAUUCCAGUUAGAAAGGGUUCAUCUGCAGGAGGUGAAGAGGUCCAGCUAUGAACACACAAAAAAAUGUGCAGACCAGCUGCUUCUCCUUGGACAGACGGACCGGGCGGUGCAGCUGCUGUUGGAGACGAGUGCCGAAAACCCGAGCUACUACUGCGAUUCUCUUAAAGCCUGCCUUGUGACAACUAUUCCCUCCUCUGGACCUUCUCAGAGCACCAUUAAACUAGUAGCCACCAAUAUGAUCGCCAGCGGAAAGCUAGCAGAGGGCGUGCAGUUGCUGUGUUUGAUUGACAAGGCAGCAGACGCCUGUCGUUAUCUGCAGACAUACGGCGAGUGGAACCGCGCCGCCUGGCUGGCAAAGGUGCGUCUGAAUCCGACUGAAGCCUCGGACGUGCUGAAGCGCUGGGCUGAGUACCUCUGUUCUUCUCAGGUCAAUCAGAAGUCCAAAGCGAUCCUGGUGCUUCUCUCACUGGGCUGCUUCCAGAAAGUGGGCGAGAUGCUCCACAGUAUGAGGUAUUUUGACCGGGCGGCGCUCUUCAUUGAAGCCUGUCUGAAAUACGGCGUAAUGGAGGCCAACGACACCACUAAUAAGUUAAUAGGGGCAGCGUUUUCCUCUUACGCUGGGCUUCUUCGCUCAGUGGGAUUGAGAGAGGGAGCAGCGCUGUGGGCCUCGAAGGCUGGAGGAGCAGGAGAGGAGCUCCUGGAGGAGUUGUUCCAGAACGAAGGGUCCGGAUCAGAUGUCUCACCUGGGGAGGAGGAGAAGAAGAGCAGCCUGGGCGUCACUGAAUCACUCUAGAGCAGGAGAAUGAAAAGAUCAGGAUUUCAGGUUUAGUGGAGAACUUGAAUAAAGUGUGUUUAUUUUAUAUUUGUUGGUGCGAGUUGCUUUGAGAAGAAAAAAAAAAUCAUAGAAAUAUAUUGUGUGUGUAUGAGAGAGAGAGAGAGAGAGAGAGAGAGAGAGAACGGUAUCAUGCACACAUACAAUUAAAGUGUGCACUCUGUCAUACUCUGGGUUUGUUUACCCUCUUUGCAUUGAGUGGUCCUGUUGCCCACUACCUUGCCACACACACACUUGCUGAGACAGUGAAAACAUUUGAGACAUUUUUAAAAAUGGUUUCAUCAUAAACUGUAACCAAAUGCAAUAUGCUGCUUCAGACAUUCCAAAUAGUUCUUUUAUUUGCACUUUUUUUCUUUUGGCCAAACAAUUCACUUGAAGUGGAACACUGGGUUAUAAAUGAAGUAUUCCAUAUAUAUAUAUAUA